AAAGAUGCCAGAAAGCCGGCUGACCAAUUCCUUAUCCAAACGAGCAUAAUGUUGUUCUUAAUGUCUUAGGCGGCAAUUCUGAUAGAUAGCUUAUUUUACAUUGGAUGCAGAGAGAAACAUAAGAUAUAUGUAUUAAACAAUAGGAUAAAAAACCAUGCAGAUUAGCCCUAUAUAUAUUGAACAAAGCAGCUUCGUAAAGCACCAAAAACCAUCUGCAUUGUCCCUCUUAUUCCUUAGCUUUCAUAUUUUUUUUUUUUAUCUUUCAUUGCUGUUAUUAAUAAUAUUUGAAGAAAUGUGGAACAGAUUCAUUUUAUUGAGUGUUGUAGCUCUAACUUUUAGCUACCUUGCCUUAGCCUACGAGCCUAGUCCCCUCCAAGAUUUUUGUGUAGCCGAUCCCAAUAGCACAGUCAAAGUAAAUGGUGUAACAUGUAAGAACCCGAUGCAAGUUCAAGCAGCUGAUUUCUUCUUCAGUGGGCUACAUCUCAGGGGUAACACAUCAAACCAAUUGGGAUCAAAGGUGACCCCAGUCUUUGCGACUCAGUUACCAGGGCUAAACACUUUAGGCAUCUCAAUGGUUCGAAUUGACUAUGCACCAUGGGGACUUAAUCCUCCUCACACUCACCCGAGAGCCACAGAGAUUCUUACGGUUCUUGAAGGGACCCUACAAGUUGGAUUUGUCACUUCUAAUCCCGAUAACCGCUUUAUCACCAAGGUGUUGCAAAAGGGUGAUGUUUUUGUGUUCCCUGUGGGACUUGUUCAUUUCCAGCGGAAUGUGGGUAAUGGAAAUGCUGUUGUUAUUGCUGCAUUAAGCAGUCAAAACCCAGGUGCUAUAACAAUUGCAAAUGCUGUUUUCGGAGCAAAUCCUUCAAUUCCAGCGGAUAUUCUAGCCAAGGCAUUCCAAGUGGAUAAGAGUGUGGUGGAUCAGCUACAAGCCAAAUUCUAAAGUUACAAAUAUUCCAAUGAUAAAAAGGUUUACAGUUGAUGUCCGUGUGAUUGUUUAAUUUCAUUCUUUGGCUUCUUUUGAAGGCUUCAUUCAAAUUUAUUUAUGUGCAAUUGUCUUUUCAUGUUGGUAUUUAUUCAUGGUGUACUUUAUAUAUUAA